CAAUGGACCUUCGCAACCUCUCUUUAUUGUUCUUGACAUAGAAAAUAGGGGCGAGAAAACAGGGCAAAACGAGGAAAGGACGACAAAAAUGCCGGUACGACUUCCCUCCCUUAGACUUCCAGUCUUUGGGCUCUCCUCCAUUUUAUUUGAAGUGAAGGUGAUCCAUGGCAGGGUGUGGGAAGACAGCUGAUCGGUCUGCCUUGGAUUGCUUCAAAACCCUUCUUAAGCUUGAAACAGACGAGUUCUGGUGCGAUUUUGAAGUGUGUUUGAAGGGUUCUGUUGAUGGUGCCGAAGAAGACAAGGCCCGGUGCUUGUUUGAUCUGUUUCUGCGUGUAUCUCUCAAGGAGGCCUGUGGGUGUGAGCUUUUUCGGCCUUUACCACCAAUGCUUGGGAAUGGGCGAUCGGUCGAUUUGUUCAAGCUCUUCUUGGUUGUGAGAAAGAACGGUGGGUAUGAGGCGGUCUCCAAGAAUGGUUUGUGGGAUUGUGUUGCCAAGGACUCUGGAUAUGAUCCCGGUCUGGGGUCGGCUGUUAAAUUAGUUUACGUCAAGUAUUUGGAUACGUUGGAAAGAUGGUUAAAAAGUAUUCUUAAAGAUAAAGACUCAAAAGAAGUUUUAAAGAAUAGUGGUGCUUAUUCCAGUGGUUGUCUAAUGGACAUAGAGACAGAGUUCAAAAGUGUUUCAACUAAUAUUACAGAUCAGAGUAAGGAUGAUGGGGAAUACCCAUGUUUGGAUGUGGAAAAGAGUAACUUGAGUUACAAGGAUGUUGGAAAACUGAACUGUAAAAAUGAAGUUUGGAGUUCGGGGGAGUCAGAUGAUGGCAGAAAAAGUGUUGAGGCAAAGAAAAGGCACCAAAAUGAAGGGGAUGCAACUUCUGGUUCCACUGUUCUUGAGGAGGAUAUUUCUUGCAGGAAGAGAAAGCGGGAUUGUCAUCAGAGGAUGUUGGAUUGGAUUGUUGAGAUUGCGAAGAAUCCUUGUGAUCCAGAAGUUGGGUCCUUACCAGAAAGGUCCAAGUGGAAAUGCUAUGGGAGCGAGCAACAAUGGAAGCAGGUCUUGUUGGCUCGAGAGGCCAUGACUAUCAAAAGAGAUGGCAUUAUAAGUGCUGACGUAUCACGUUCAGAUUGGCUGAGAAACCAAAGGAUGCAUCCAUCAGUGUAUGAUGAUCAUACUGGAUCAGGGAGAGUAAGAUGCAGUCAGAGGAUAUUUUUGGCAAAAGAGUCUCAAGCACUUUCUUCCAAAACAGGGGCAUGUUCAGAGUUGUCCUCAGGCACUCAGAGUGAUAUAGAGGACCACUUUGACAGAGAAUCUGAAACCUUUUCUGCAGGUACAAUAUUUGGCUUCUUAGGUAACAAACAAAACAAAAAACGAGUCCCAGUGGGUCCACUUUUUCAAGCAAAUGUACCAGAAUGGAGUGAGGAAAUUUAUGAAAGUGACCCCAGAUGGUUAGGCUUGCAGGUCUGGCCACCAAAAAGUAAGGAGCACAACAGAUAUGUGAUUGAAAGGGCUCGCAUUGGGAGAGGAAGACAAGAUUCAUGUGGCUGCCGGCACCCAGGCUCAGUUGAAUGUGUGAGAUUCCAUAUUUCCAACAAAAGGAUGCAAGUGAAGAUUGAACUUGGCUCGGCCUUUCAUUGUUGGAAGUUUGACAUGAUGGGUGAGGAAGUUGCUCUUUCAUGGAAAAAAGAAGAUGAACAAAGAUUCAAGGAGAUUGUUAGGUCAAAUCCACCAUCGAUGGAUAAGUGUUUCUGGGAUGAACUUGUUAGAUCUUUUCCUAGCAAAGCGAGGGAGGAUCUAGUGAGCUAUUUAUUCAAUGUCUUUAUUCUACAGCGCAGGGCUCACCAGAAUAGGUCUCCUCCAUGUAACAUUGACAGUGAUGAAGAAUCGGAAUUUGGAUCAUUGAUUAAUGGCUUUAAGCAUGAUGGAGUUAAAUCUUCAGGGUCCAUCUUUUGUUCCCCAAAGAAGCCUCAUUUGAAUUUUAGAUAAUAGAUUGCAUUGGGUUUAGGGCUUUGCUGAGAAAUUUUGAAGCGCUGCAGUUUUAUUUGGUUUUGGAUCAGCAAUUUCAAUCCUAGCACACCUUUUUGGAACCUAGCCUUUGGCUAAUUUUGCUUUGUGAAGGGGAUAGCAUGCUAAAGAUAGGGGAUGCAUAUUGUGGUGGAAGGAGCUUAAGUAUCGGGGUGUCACCCACUCCAGUUGAGCAACUGUUUUUGGUUCUUCAUCUGGUUCUCAACAUUACUUCUAGUUUUUGUCCAUUAAUCACUGUCCAAUACAGGCAUCAUUACUUUUCAUACCUAGUUAUUCCUUCAUUAAGUUGAAACAGAAAUGGUGAUCCCUAAUCAAAAGCCUUGGAUUGUUGGUUGGACAGAUGAAUUUAUUAUUGGAUUUGAAGGUAUACAUGCUCCCUUCUGGUGUGCCGGAAUUUGAAACAUGGCAUGGAGAAUCGCUUUUUUUGCUUCAGUGUUUUGCAUUUUGAUCUCUCAACUCUACUGGCAAUUUCUUCUUCUAUGGGGUGAACAGAAUGUUCAAAAUUUUAGAUUUAUUGGAUGUUAGGUUUUUGAUUGGUCUGGUAAAAUCUGCACUGAUUCACUUGAUCCAAACCCUGAUACAGAAAUGUGUUAAUUAUUAGUUUAUAAGCAGAACUGAUUGAUCAACUUUCCUUUUGGACCGUUGGGAUUUGAGUUUUGCUCUUCUUUUAAUGGUAAUGCCACAAUUACCGCCAUGUUCCUUGUUUUUAUUUCCCUUUGCUGAAGCUGGCUUGGCUUGGCUGGGCUUUGCUUUUUGUGCAACGAAUUUGGCUACAUUACAUAAUGAUUUUUCAAGGAAGAGCAGCAGCAGUAGCAGCAGGUGACACCAAUCUGUCGAAAAGCUGAAAGUGCAUAUUUGUUUGAAGGGCUCUUAUCUUCAUUUGCUUGUUGGAGAUUUUUACUUGAAUCUCAUUUUUGGGCCUCAUAAAUGGGAGGAAGACAAUGUGACAUUU